AUGGUUAAGGCCGUGGCUGUCCUCCGUGGUGAUUCCAAGGUCACCGGCUCAGUGACCUUUGAGCAAACCUCCGAAUCCGGCCCCACCACCGUCACCUACGACCUCCAGGGUCACGACCCUAACGCCGAGCGUGGCUUCCACAUCCACCAGUUUGGCGACAACACCAAUGGCUGCACCAGCGCUGGCCCUCACUUCAACCCCUUCGGCAAAGGCCACGGUAGCCCCAGCGACGACGACCGCCACGUCGGCGACCUAGGCAACAUCAAGACCGACGGCCAAGGCAAUGCUAAGGGCACCAUCACCGACUCGCAGAUCAAGCUGAUCGGCGAGCACUCUGUUCUGGGCCGCACCGUCGUCACCCACGCCGGCACCGACGACCUGGGCAAGGGCGGCAACGAGGAGUCCAAGAAGACGGGCAACGCCGGUCCCCGUCCCGCUUGCGGCGUCAUUGGCAUUGCCCAGUAA